CGCUGUUUUGAACACACGGCAGCUUCACAGUUCGCUAACUAGCUGAAUCAUUUGGUGGCAGUCUCCUAUUUUUCCUGUGACUUUACGUGUCUUGCAGUGCAAUGGCGGCAAGAUACGACAGAGCUAUCACCGUCUUUUCUCCCGAUGGCCAUCUAUUCCAAGUGGAAUAUGCACAAGAAGCUGUAAAGAAAGGCUCCACAGCGGUGGGAAUCAGGGGGAAAGACAUUGUUGUCCUCGGUGUUGAGAAGAAAUCUGUGGCAAAAUUGCAGGAGGAAAGGACUGUCCGCAAGAUAUGUGCCCUGGACGAGCACGUCUGUAUGGCAUUUGCAGGUCUGACCGCAGAUGCCCGUAUCGUGAUAAACAGAGCUCGGGUUGAGUGCCAGAGCCACAGGCUAACUGUUGAGGACCCAGUCACAGUGGAAUACAUCACACGCUACAUUGCUACACUGAAACAGCGUUACACUCAAAGCAAUGGGCGAAGGCCAUUUGGCAUCUCUGCUUUAAUUGUUGGCUUUGACUACGAUGGGACCCCCAGGCUGUAUCAAACAGACCCGUCAGGAACCUAUCAUGCCUGGAAGGCAAAUGCAAUCGGCCGUAGCGCAAAAACUGUGAGGGAGUUCCUGGAGAAGAAUUACACAGAUGAAGCCAUCGCUGGGGACAAUGAGGCAAUCAAGUUGGCUAUCAAAGCUUUGCUCGAGGUUGUCCAGUCAGGAGGAAAGAACAUUGAACUCGCUGUUAUCAGACGGAAUCAGCCAUUGAAGAUUUUGGAAUCCAAGGAAAUCGAGACCCUGGUGGCUGAGAUCGAGAAAGAAAAAGAGGAAGAGGCAGAGAAGAAGAAGCAGAAAAAAUCCACUUGAAUCUGUUAACUACGAGUUUUUCUUUAUUGCACUUGGAUGACAAUAGCAUAUUUGGGUUGAACAAUAUUAGUGCGUUUUAGAAGGUCUCCUUCUCUCAUUCAUGUCAUUGUAAAGAUCUAAAUCACAACUUAAGAUCUGUUGAUGUUUAAAUGUUAUUGCACCUGUUUCUGAGUAAUACUGUACCAUUUGCAGAGAAUAUCAAGUUCCUACACUUCCAGUUAUUGAGUCGACUGAUACUAAAAAGCACAUACGCAGAUCUCAAGUUAGGGUUUAGAUCUUAAACAGGAUGUUUUUAUAUCACACAGCAAACAGAUGGUAAUGACUCUCAAAUGUUGAAAUAAACCAGCUUGUAACAUUCAGAAACUAAAUGCUCAAUAAAGCUGACUUGUUUGUAA